AUCAGGUCAAUAAUGAGUUCAAGGAGUUGCGAUUGUUUAUAAUGGGGAAUUUUAGACAAGUUAAGGAUGCACUUAACAGAAGCAGUCGUGAAUCUGAGCACCACGUCAGGAAGAUGCAACUGAAUCUCCAAGUCAUGUACCUAAUUAGUCGAACAAUAAUCCGAUGAAAGAUGACAACCAGAUAUCAAAUGUUAUGGAUAAGCCUCACUGUGAUGCAAACGAGGUUCGGACACCUCAUUUCGUUCUUCAAGAACAUGUCAAAGUUAAUGUCAAGGAGUAUUUGCAGCCUGUCCAGAUACACAUACAAGACCCUUUGACGGUACAUGAACAGCUUAACGACAUUAAUGUAUUUCAGAACCAUGACAUCCAACAACCUCAGUCACAAUUUGAGUUGAUAGAUGCUUUGUUACCUGAUAUUGAUGCAAUCAAUCCCAAAAAGAAUGAUGUGGUUCAUUCAGAGGUUGUGGUCCAUCCAGAGGGUGUCGUUUAUGAUACUACACCCGUGCCAGUUCAAACGAUCAGACAUCCCAAUCGAUUGACAGGAGACGGUAAUGUAAUUCAGAACGACGGAAUCCAACAACCUCAGUCACAAUUUGAGUUGCUUGAUGCUUUGUUACCUGAUAUUGACACAAUAUAUCCCAAAAAGAAUGUUGUGGUUCAUUCUGAGGUUGUGGUCCGUCCAGAGGGUGGCGUUUAUGAUAAUACACGCGUGUCAGUUCAAAGUAUCAUACAUUCUGAUCGAUUUAUUGCUCUCCUUACUCCACAAAAAUUGGAUCAUCAUCUGGUAAAUAACAAUGUUUAA